AUGUGGCAUGAGUCUAUUGUUAGACGUAGGGAUCAUUGUUGUACAUGGGCUGGGAUACUGCCAGGGCACCCACACUUGGACAGGAGGACUUUUAAGUUCCUCAACCAAAGCGUUUGGCUCCUAAGCCUAAUCGCAGGGCAGCGGUGUUUGGUUGGAGAUGCAAGUGCAUUUCACUUUCUACGAUGUUCCAACCCCCACUGUGGAGGACCAGGACGGUUGUGUUCGUCAGACCUAAAAGCAAAAAGCCGUUGCUUGUUUCGAACCGCCAUUUGGCGUUUACUAGCUGAUGCCUUCACCGACAAAAAAGAAUCGUUAAGCUGUAACACCCUUUCGGUGCCUAGCUGCCAUGCCGCCCGAAGGAAGCACAAGGGCUGGGAUACCGCCAGGUCGCCCAAGCCUAGACAGGGGGAGUCGAGAGACAGAGGUCAGGUUCGAACCACGGACCUUCAGGCUGUUUGUGAUGUAACAUCUCCAUUAUCACUUGUUUUCAGCAUGUUCCCACUGAUGGAAAGCGUGCUAUUUUGCGUCGUCCCCUUGCUACCCACUCUCCUACUUUGCUAUCUAUGCCCAUAUUCCAAAGUGGAAGAAAGUUUCAAUAUACAGGCCAUUCAUGAUAUUGCACUACUCCGAACUAAUAUAAGUUCAUAUGAUCAUCAUAGUUUCCCGGGGGUUGUCCCAAGAACAUUCAUUGGGAGCUUGAUCGUGUAUGCGCUUACUUGUUUACCUUUGACCCUACUUACUCAGCUAGAUGUUUCGAAAUACUGGAUGCAGCUGCUCGUGCGAUUUGCCCUGGGUUUCUUGAACGUUUUAUGCUUUUCCCGGUUUGUGACUGUUGUCAAACAAACUCUGGGACGGCUUGUCGCCUGGCGUCUAAUGUGGAUUACCGCCAGCCAGUUUCAUUUCUUUUACUACGCCUCAAGAACCCUGCCGAACACUUUCGCACUGAGCUUCGUUUUACUUUCGUUGGCAUCCUUACUACGGGGACGUGACAAAGAAUUCAUCUGCUUGGCGGGCUUCGCUGUUCUCGUUUUCCGGAGUGAAUUGCUCUUGUUCUACGGCCCUUGCUUCAUCUAUGGCUUACUUCAGGGCAUUGUUCGGAUAAAUUUCAUGCUCAUUCUAACUGCCUUGUUGACAGCGUUUGGCAGCAUUAUGUUCUGGUUGACUCUUGGUUCUGGCAACGAUGGGUCUGGCCUGAGGGUGAAGUGUUUUACUACAAUGUUGUAUUGGGUAAAAACUUCUCCGUUUCACUGGUAUUUCACGUCCGCGCUGCCCCGAGCUCUACUGAGCACGAGCUUACUUCUUCCUGUUUGGCUGGGACUUGCAGUUCUCCUGUGUAGAAGGAAGCAACCGAGUUCGAAUCGUCUUGUUGCUUUUCUCCCAACUGGCCUUAUACUCUCUGCUUUGCUGUUCGUUUUGUUGUACUCAUGGCUCCCGCACAAAGAGCUGCGAUUUAUCAUCUAUGCAGUGCCAAUUUUCAACUUGGCUGCGGCGUUGGUUUGGGCUCACGUGGAAACGGCUGUUAAGCGACGCUCUCCUAGUGGGAAGAAGGCGAGUGACAACUCCCUCUGGUGCUCGUCACUAAAUUGGUUUCAACGCGUGUUUGUCUGGUUCUGUUACCUUCAUCUUCUUGUCAAUCUGCUUGGCACGACAGUGUUGGUCCUAGUUUCCAUGAAGAAUUACCCUGGUGGUGAGGCACUGAACCGACUCAAUCACCUGCCGCAGUUGGCUGAGCGACGAGAUGUCCACGUGCAUAUUUGCAACUUGGCUGCUCAAACGGGAGUCACGCGCUUUCUGGAACAAAAUCCUCACUGGAUAUAUAACAAGACAGAACAUAUCGAAAAUGAUCUUCGACUAUUGGAACUAGGCCAGUUUACACACCUCAUAUCGGAAAUCAAACCGGAACAAAUGCGACUGGAAUCAUCACUGUUCAGUCCACUUUUUACAAUCCACAGCUUCAAUGGUAUUGUUAUUAAACGUUCAUGGAAGAUAUGGGAACUGGUGACCACUCAAUUAACUCCCGCGAUCACUGUUUACGAACGACAACAUAACGAAAAACUUGUGUGUGCCAUCCUGUUGAUACGCAGCAGCACACUGCACACUUUUUGCCGUUCCAUCGAGGAAGCUGGAAGAUAUGAAUUACUGAUGGUCAAGGUGCGCGCUUGUUCGAAUGCUUUGACAUCAGUCCACACCUAUUUCGAGUUACUGUCUAUGGGCCGCCGUGAAUUCCUAGACCAGUGUCUGUCUGAAUUAUUUGGAUGGGAAAAAGACUAA